AAGAUUUCAUUCAACCAUCAAGGAAAAAGAUUAAACAUAAGAGGAAAAAAACUAGUUGGAUAUGGGCCCAUUUUAUUGAACUUACUGAUAACAACGAAUCAUUUAUAAUCUGUCAAGUAUUAAAAGAAGAUGGAACAGCAUGUAAUGUAAAGCUUAAAUAUGAUGGAUCAAUGGAUAAUAGAACUGGUCAUUUAUGGUCUAUUCAUAAAAUAACUAAAGAUGGAAAACAGUCUGAGGAUAAACAAUAA